UUUAACCUCGCGAUAAAUACCAGACUGAUCGGCGCGCUGACGAAUUUUUAUAGCCCAAGUAAACCCAGUAGAACAACGAUGAUAAAAUAAUAAAUUUUAGUAAUAAAGUUUAAUAUGGCAUGGUUUGGAGGGUUGUUUGGUGGUUCAAAUGGUUUAGGAGGAAAUGAGAUGGUAGGAGAAAAUGUAGAAUUAGGUCAACAGAAUCUUAAAAUUAAAAAAGUUUUAGCUGAAGGCGGCUAUGGGUUUGUUUUUAUUGCACAGGAUACAAAAACUGGAAAAGAGUACGCACUUAAGAGGUUAAUUGCGGUUGAUGAAACGUCAAAGAAAAAUAUUAUAAAAGAAGUCCAAUAUCUUCGGAAACUUCGUGGUCAUUCAAAUAUUAUACAAUUUAUUGGAGCUGCAGCCAGCUCAGAGACAAAGUCUGGUUCAAGCGAGUAUCUAAUUCUCACAGAGCUUUGUACAGGUCAACUCAUUGAUCUUCUAAAAAGUGACAACGGUAAACUUUCGUUUGUUCAAGUAUUAAAGAUUUUUUCUCAGGCUUGUAAAGCCGUUCUUCACAUGCAUCAACAAUCUCCUCCAAUCAUACACAGAGAUAUAAAGAUUGAAAACUUACUAAUUAGUAGUAAAGGUGUUAUUAAACUUUGCGAUUUUGGGUCUGCUACAACAAGCGCUCUGUAUCCUGAUAAUAGCUGGACUGCUAUACAGAGAAGUCUUGCUGAAGAUGAGAUACAGUUAAACACUACACCCAUGUAUAGAGCUCCUGAAAUGGUUGAUUUAUAUAGUAACUAUCCAAUUACUGUUAAAGCUGAUGUCUGGGCUUUGGGUUGUGUGUUGUACAUGCUGUGUUUUUUGCGUCAUCCUUUUGAAGAUUCUGCCAAGCUUAAAAUAAUGAAUGCAAAUUAUUCUAUUCCAGUCAAUGAUGUGAUAUAUAACGAUUUUCACAAGUUAAUUCGGUCCAUGUUACAAGUUGAUCCAAAUCAAAGACCCGAUCUUGAUGGGGUGUAUGCAGAACUUGUAUCCUUAGCAGCAGAAAAUAGUGUUGAAUUAAAAUCAUCAGUAAUUGAACAGAAAAAUCAAAUUAUCAAUUCAGUUAAAACAGAGCAAAUUCCCGAAGCUCAUUUAAAAAAUGGAGGCAGCUCAAUUCUACUUGAAAGUAUGGUUAACCGUGCUGGUAGUCUAUUAAGUAACAUUAAGGAUGCAUCAACCAAAAUGUUAAAUUCUGUUGCCAGUUAUGUUAGCAGUGAUUUGGACAUAACUUAUAUAACCUCUAGAUUGUUAGUCAUGUCUUUUCCUGUUGAUGGCAUUGAAGUAGGAUAUAAAAAUCAUAUUGAUGAUGUUCGAAAUUAUAUGGAUAACAAACAUGCAAAUAGUUAUGUUGUUAUUAAUGUUUCUCAGCGAACUUAUCGAACAGAUAAACUUAAUGAUAGGGUUUUUGAAUGUGGUUGGAAUCCAAAGAAGGCACCCCCACUAGAUAAACUUGUAUCAUUGUGUAGGAAAUUAAAUAAUUUUCUUAAACAAAACAAAGACAAUGUUGUGUUAGUCCAUUGUUUGGAUGGAAAAAUUGCAUCUGCUGUUUUACUAUGUUCAUUCUUUCUUUACUGUAAACUUUUUAAUAAUGUGUCAUUGAGUGAACGCCUUUUCAGUUUAAAAAGAUGUGGAGGAUCAUCUAUGAACUUAACACCCUCACAAAGAAGAUACAUUGGAUAUAUUGGUGAUAUUGUAGCUAAUCCGCCAUACAUUCCUCAUAAUAAUAUUAUUUUUUUAAAAAGCAUUUCUCUUUCUCAAACUCCUAUUUUUAACAAAGCCAGAACUGGUUGUCGACCUUUUAUAGAAAUUUUUGAGAAUGAAAAGAGAGUGCUUAACACAGCUCAAGAGAUUGAGUUGAUGAGGGAGUACACAGUAAAUGAUGGUCAAAUUGUGUUUCAGACACAUGUUCGAUUGAAUGGAGAUAUAACCAUAUUGGUUCAUCAUGGUAGGUCAACACUUGGAGGGAAAGUACAAGGAAAGUUGACUUCAAUAAAUAUUCUCACUUUACAAUUUCAUACUGGGUUCCUAUUCAAAGAAGAGACUUCAGUUAAAUUUAAUAUUUCCAAAAUAGAUAUUCAAGAUAUAAAUAUAGACAAAUAUCCAUCAAAUUUUGAAGUUAUCAUGAAUUUAAAAUUCACUGAGGAUCUUCCUGAAGCAAGUUGUACACAACCAUGGGAAAAAAUAUGCGCAAGUAAAACAAACCCUUAUGUUUGCUUUUCAUCUAAAGAAGAAUACUGGGUUUUGCAUGAAGACUUUGGGCUUAGUGAAAAAAAGGUCGACGAGCAAUUUUCAAAUAACAUUUCCUCUAAAAAUUUUAAUUACCAAUCUCCAGAUUCUUCUUUAGAAACUGCAAAAUGUGUCGAUAAUUCUCGCAAAGUUGUUGAUAAUUUAACUCGCAAAGUUGGAGAAUCAAAUUUUUUUAAUUCAUUAGUAUGGGAGAAUGAUAAUCAGAAGCAACCAGUUAAUGAUCCUGUUGAAAAUAAAAAAAAUGUUUCAUUGACUACAUUUAACUUAAUUGACAUUAUGUCUGAAACAGAAACUAGCAAUAAUGACUCUAUUAAGUCCCCUUCUAAAUUUAAUAAUGACCUUUUAAUUGAGAGUGAAUUACCACAAAUAAGUAUUACCGAAACUUUCACUCCACUCGAUAAAACACCUCCAUGCACUUCACAAGCAGUAAAAGCAGCAGCAUUGAAUAAAGAAGACAACACUGGUCAGUUAUUAAACUUUGACGUUGCUAAAGACUUUGAAUUUGAUUUUAUUAAUGCUGAAAACAAAAUCAGCAAUCAGGUCUCUUCAGGUGUUGUGCAAUCAGAGAAGCCAUCUGAUGUUUCAGAGAAGACUAUUGGUGACUUUGACUUUCUUUCAAACAUUACAAAUAAUUCAGAAUUGUUUACACCUUCUUUCUCAUUAAAAGCCCAACAAACCACAUUGAAAAGUUCCAGUGAUUCAAACUUGUUUGAUUGGGGAGAUACUGUUUUAACUGAAACACUUCAACCUGAAAAGACUAUUGUUCAUUCCUCAAGUUCUGGAACAUUAAGUGAACAAAAUAAACAAUCUUAUGACCCUUUUGCUGCUUUGACAAAUUUUAGUAGUUCCAAUAAUUUUGGAACAGCAUCUUCUCUUAAGAAGAAUCAAGUACCAAAUGUUACCACUAUUGGACAAUCAGGUCGUAUUUCUCCAGUGGUCAGCAAACAAAAUCAAACAGGUGUUCGUCCUAACUAUAACAUUUUUGUUACACCAAAUGAUUCUGGACUUUUUAGUCGUCCAAGUUCAACACAAGCCUCUUCAAAAAGUCCUUGGGCUCCUAAACCAGUGGUUAACAAUAAUGCGUUUAGUGAUAUACUUGGAGCUCAAGGGUUUAAAAGCACAUCAUCAAGCAAUGAUUUGCAAAAAAGCACUUUAAAACAGCUACGCAAUUUGCAGGAUUCAGAAACCAGUACAGAUCCAAUUAAAUCAAAGAUUCGUGAAUGGUCUGAUGGUAAAGAAAGAAAUAUUCGUGCAUUACUCUCAUCACUUCAGGCAGUGUUAUGGGAAAGUUGCAAAUGGACUCCAGUGGGAAUGCAUGAGCUUAUCCAACCUAAUGAUGUUAAAAAGAACUACCGAAAAGCAUGCCUUGCUAUUCAUCCUGACAAGCACACAGGGCAGCCACAUGAAGAUCUUUCAAGGGCAAUUUUUAUCGAACUGAACGAGGCGUGGUCUUUGUUUGAAGAAACGGGCUCAAAAGCACUUUUUUAGCAAUUGCUUUACGAAUAUUUUCCAAGUACCAUUUCUUCCCAUUUAGAACAUUUGAAAGCAUUUUUAAAAAUAAUUUAUUGCUAUUUUUGUUUAUUUAAAAGCUAAAAUCAAAGAAACUUGUUUUUUGAUUGGGACGUCAUUUUUAAUGGGGACUUUUAUCUUUCUUUUUUUUCUUUUUUUAAGAUUUGCUGAAAAUUAUUUUUUGAAUUCCUUUUUUUUUGUAAAUAUCACCACGAUAGCAUAUUUGCUUGUUUGAAAUCAUGUUUGUAUUUUUUUAUAACACAAUAUUUCAAAAAUAUGUAAAUUUAAUGUUGCCACCAACAAAUAUGAAGAUUAUUUUAGAAUAAAGAAAUAUCAUUAAUAA